AAAAAAAUAGACUUUUCUGAGAUAUGUGUGACUGAACGAGAGAUCGAGAGAGGAAGCUGGAGGAAAUAAAUGAAGCAAAAACGCCAAAGGGAUAAGAGGAUUUGGGGCAAACUACCAUCAUGGGAGGUUGUUUUAGCACCUCGCAUGAUGGGACAAGUGGAAGAGGGGAAAAUGCAGACGGUACAGUUGGUUCAAUGCCCAUUGGCCGAAAUCAGCCCCUGAAACCAGAGAAACCAAAAUGGAAAAGUGACGUUCCACUCACCACAGGGCAACUACAAAGCAAGCGAGAUGAGUUCUGGGAAACAGCGCCAGCCUACGAGGGCAGGAAAGAGAUCUGGGAUGCCCUCCGGGGAGCGGCGUCUGCGUUGGAGUCUGGAGAUUUUGUUUUAUCACAAGCCAUCAUUGAUGGUGCCAAUAUAUCAUGCCCCAAUGGUGCCCUGACAGAUUGUUACGAUGAGCUUGGGAACCGGUACACCCUCCCUGUUUACACACUAAGCGCGCCUGUCAACAUGGUAGAGGAAACAAGUGACAUUGACGUGAUUGACCCUGAGCCACCAGCAGAGGGCGGCACUGAACUUACGGUCAAAUUCCGCCUUUCGUCCGGUAAGGAACUCAAAUUGAAUGUUCGGUCGACAGACACGAUAUACCAAGUUAAGAAGCGUAUCCACGGGAUGGAGAACGUUGAGCCGUCGCGCCAACGCUUCUUCUUCAGCGGAAAACUGCUUACGGACAAAACACGAGUGGAGGAGGCGAGAUUAGCGAAAGGAUUCGUUGUUCAGGUUAUACUAAGCCAGCCAAAUCCAGCACCAGUCGAUGGUUAGUCCUGGAUCUAGGUAAUCUCGGUGUAUCGGCGGGUAAAACGGCACUCUCAGCUCCCGAUGCCAGAUGACAUCAUUGCAAUUUGGGGAGGAUAAUAAAAGGGUGAUGAAUUCCAUUUCUUCAUGCCUCGAUCAUAUUGGCACCUUUUUAUUUAAAAAAAAAAUGUGGCACUGUCUGACCUUGUAUCCUUUUCCUUUUUUUUUUACAUUCACGGUUCUGUCAAGUGGAACACACCCAUGAUUUUGUUUCCAUCCAGUGGGUGGUUUAACUACCCCUGGCUUGUCAAUAUUCUUUCGCCAUAUCACUCCUCUUUUCAGUACAUGUAUUUAAUUGUCUUACACCAUCAAGUGUCAAGUCAGAAUACCAGAUAUGCUUUGAUUUAUUUUGUUUUUGUUUUUUUUUCUCCCCAUUUCUUGAUCAUAUUUUCAUCUCACCAGCUCUAAGCUUCGAUUUUCGUGACUUUUUUUCUGUCUAUGAAUUCAAUAUUUCUAAUCAAUUUUUUGUAAUCGUAUGUUUAUAUGGAUGUCACACGCCAAUGGAUCUCUUUCAUGUCUCCUUGCAGGGGUAUGUCAAUUCUGAUAAGAAUGAAAAUAUACAUGUAUAUUGAAGCCGAAGCAGUAACUAAUAUAUUUAUGAAAAAGCAAUAUUUAUUGGAAAUUGGAGGCUUUAUAGCAUGAUUUGUGCAUAGGUUUAGCUGUAGACGUGUGUUUUAUGAAAAUGUUCAUGAAGUACGAUCAGAAGAGCAACUUUUUCCAUUCCUGUUUUUACCAUUUUUGUUAUCGACACAGAUGCUAUUUGCAUCGAAUGUCUAUAAGUCAUAGUUUUUUAUGACAGUUCAAUUCAUGCUGUUGCAUGACAGUCCAAGUACGCUGUAAAUCCUUGACUUUUCUCAAACUGCAUUUUCAUGAAUCUUUAUUUGCAAAUUGGCACACCAAUCAGUUUUGCCAUUAGAAUGUGUAACUAACAAAAGGCUUUCCAUAAGUACAUUGCAAGCCCUACAAUCUAAGAUUUCACAAUUCCUUAUAUGUUGCAUCUUACAUGUACAUGUACAUUCUGGGUAAAACAGGUGUAGGUAUUGCACCUUUAGGGACUUAAGUCUUACAUGUAAUUCAUAGUUUUUUACCAUUUACAUGUACAUGUACAUGUAGACAUACAGUAUAUACAUAUUAAUAUGGUGAAUACAUUUGGAGAUCCUGAGAAUUGCUCUAGUAUUACAUGUCUCGACAACUUAACACUGAUGCUUCAAUUUGUUUGUGCAUCAACUCUUAUUUUCCAUCCAAAUUUUCCAAGUCUAUUUCUUAUUUAGGUAUAGCCUUGUAAGUGCGGAAAUAUCUAGCUAACAUUAUGCUGUUAUACAUGUAGACUUCUUGGUGACAAAAAUGUACAUGGAUUUUUUUUAAUUAUUAUUUUUUUACAUUCAACACACAAUUUUCUGUUUUCACAAAAACAUUCCUUUUUGAAACCAGAGGGUGUGUGACACAAAGAUUUAUUAAAAGUCUUCACUGAAAAUUAACACUAAGUUGCAUGAUGUGCAUAAGAUCAUGCACAGAUCGUGCAUGUGCUACGUACUGCGUAUCUUAUCAAUUACAUGUAGAUUGCGCACGAUUAGUGUGCAUGCUAGCACUCAAGGGUGACGUUUACCUACUCAGAAUUGAAUCUUUGUGAAACAUCCCCCUGGGCAAGUCAUUUAUUGGCAUCAAUUUUGUGAUGUGUGAUCGGUUCACUGUUUUGGGGUUUUCUAUGAAUUUGUUUAGCCUGAACAUUGAGAUCCUUUGAUUUUAUAGCUGUAUGUUUGUUUUAAAUGUAUCUAAUGAUUAAAAGACUCUAUUAUCAGAAUUUAAGACUUCAUUAAUUUUCAUUAGUAGUGUAGCCCAAAUAAAAGGAGCCACCUUUCCUUUCAGUAUGAUUUACAGGAUUUUUAAGAUAUUACAAAAGCAUGUUUUAAUUGCUAUAAGCCUAGUCUCAAUUAUCCAGAUGAAUUUAUUUCAUUAUUCUUACAGGAAACAUAGUAUUAAAUUACAUAGGCUAAAAUAUGGCCUUUCUAGUCUCCUUGAGUCAAGACUAGGUCGUGAGAUCCCGCCAAUUACAGAUGAAAAUGAAGUGCCUUUUAAAAAUAUUCACUUGAUAAUCAUUUUUCAAAAUAGCAUUUUUCAAAGUAAUUUUUUUUCCCCAGAUAAAGUGUAGGAAAGACCAAUUGGCUAUAAAUAGUGAUUCAAUUCUAAUUGUAUGGCCACUGGUAUACAUGUAUGUGACAUUAUAAGUUCCUGCAUACAUGCAUGUGUACAUGUAUUUUCAUGUACAAAGGGACCAGGCCAAAAUUUUAUUAUUUUUUUUAUUAUCUACUGCCUAAAUCUUCAACGUUGGGUAAGCUUUAACAAUGCAGUGAAUGGGUUUUUCUAGGGCUUGAUCUUUAUACUUGAAAACUGAUUAGGGUAAAAGUAGCAAGAAGCCUGUAUGUGCAACAUGUACAUUUAUUAAUCAAACCUCUUUUUGAAGCCAGAAGUACAAAUGAUAGAAAUAGAAGAUAGAAAGGAGUUGGGAGGUAUCUCCAGGGGAGGGGGGGUGGAUGUUUCACAAAUACUUAAGUGUGACUUGGAAUCAUGCUUGAAUGCAGACGCACACAUGAUAUUGAGCACGUAAGCUUAUUGAUUAAUAUGUAGUAGCAUGCAUCCUCUGAGCAUGAUUUGACCAAUAUUAAAGGUAUUAAUGCCUUUCUGUAUAUUCUGCAUGCAACUGGGGAUUUAAGCGCAACAUUAAGUCACACUUACAUGUAAAUCUUUGUGAAACACCUCCCUGAAAGGUCAACCACUUUUAACAUACUACAUCAACAUGAAUGUACAAGUAUACUGUGUACAGUAUACUGUAAGUAUGUAUAGAUUCUGAAUGGUUUUCCAUCAUUUGUAUUCUCAAGAUCUAAACAAAUAUGAUUUUACUUUUAUUUAGAGAUUGAAAGUUUCUAUGCUUCCUCCUACCCUCGCAAGUUUCAUUUUCAUUUGAAGGGAGAGUAACAUGUACAUAUAAGUCUCCCCGGAAAAAAGAAGCUUCUCUUUUAUUGUGUACAAAAGGGCAAUUGUACUGGGUACUGCUCAUUUAUAAUUAUAUAUGAAACUUUUUAAGUUUAGAAUUCAAAAGGACAUAUGACUUUACUAUUGUAAACAUCAAUUAUAUGAUGUUUUGAUACAGACAGAUAAGAACUUUUGAGCCACAGUAAAGGAUGUGUAAAUUAUGUGCGUAUGGGAAUUAUUUUUAUUUUGUAACUACAUCGCAUGUUGCAUAUGUCAAUGAACAUGUUCAUGCGCACAUUUGAUGAAAACAGCUGUACCCCUUCAAUUCACACCAGAGACUGCUCUAUCCUCCCAAUUUCUUUAGAACCUUUCCUGUUCAUCGAGAGGGGAGAGCAGUGAGGGUUCUCCGGAAAUGUUCAGAUCACAAUAUUGUAGGAGAUUCUCUGUGUGCAAGAAAUUCCCUUCCCCUCAAACAAUAGUAUGGACAUAUGUUUACUCGGCUAAAAUGUGGCAUGUGUAUGUGCUUGGACCUUCUGUGCAGUUACAUGUACACGCAUUUGCUGUUGAAUGUCAUCUUUGAUGUUAUUAUCAUACAUACAUAAACUCAAGCUGAUGAGCUUAAAGCCUUUUUUUCUCAGAGCUCCAUAAACAGUUGGCUUGUUGUGGGGGUAAUAUAAGGAGUUGUCAUGGAAAUUGGAAAAGACUUUAAAAAAAAAGACUCUAGUUCUCACAGGAACCCAUCAAAUUGUGUAGUCUGUAUUUUUUCAUGUAUUUUGAACAAAUCACAAGUGAAAGCUCCUGUUGGAGUGAAACCAUUGUCUAGUCCUUGUACUUAAGUACAGAAUAGGCACACAGUUCUUCAGCAGCUCAGCUAACAUGACACAAGUGCUUGAUUAAUUUCACUUUACAUGUUGCUUGCAUUUUCAUGAUUUCAAGUGCUUUGUUUGUGUCUGAUACCUAAUUGAAUAUUAAUGAAAAUCAAGUAAAGACACGAUCCAAGGCAGUCUAAGAAUUUGUAAAUCAUGAACUUAGUUGUUGAUAAAUCGGAGGUGUUGUUGAGACUGAAAAAUUAGUAAAAAUGCUUGGUUCUUACUGGGACUAUGGGAGGAAAAGAGGGAACAUUCAUUCAAAGUUGUAAUUGCAAUGAUGAAAAAGGUAGAUAUCGUCAGUAAGGGAAUAUGAGUAAAGUACAUGUAAUUAGGGAAGAAUGUUGCCAUCAUUCAUGUACACACAAUAAAUAAUAUCAGGGCCCCUUUUUUACAAAGAGUUGCGAUUGAUCUGAUCAACCACAACUAUGGAUGGCCAUCAACAUCUAAAAUGCAAAAUAUUUUCUAGAUACAUGAUGUAUAUUCAUACAUUCAACGUUAUCUUGAUGAUUCAGUGUGGUUCUCUUUGUUUUAUAAGGACAUUUUGCAAAUUUCCUGUAGAAAAAAAUUAUGGUAUGGAUGGAUUUCCAUACAGUUGCGAUUGAUCCAAUCAACCACAACUAUGGAAAGCCAGCAACGUCAACAUCAACAAUGCAUGUUUGUUCAAAACAUUUUCUAGAUAUACUGUUUGUUCAUACAUUAAUUGCUUUCUUGAAAAAUUAGGGUGAUCCUCUUUGUUUACAAAAAACAUUUCCUGUUGAAAAAAUAUGACACUGAUGGAUUUCCACACAUUUGAGGUUGAUCAGAUCAUCGUAAAUCUUUGUAAGAUGGGGCCCAGGUGUGGAUCCAGGGGGUUGCAGAAGGUGCAGGCCUACCCCUUGUAUGAGUGAUGACCUUUUUUUUUCUGCUUGUCAAGUUUUUCAGAUAGAUUCCCAACCUGUAAAAGGCCGACUCUGUUGUUAGUUGUCCUCCAAACACUUAAGUUAAAAUGCUAUCUAUGAAAUUGCAUGGAUUGCAAUUAAAAUAAACUUCAACUGCAUGAAAAAGCAGUUUUCUCUAACAUGGAAUCAUUCUAUAACAAGUUUGCUUGGGUCAACUGU